UUGGUGAUGUCCAACGUGAGCAGAUUCCACCCUGAUUAUUUCAUUUUACUGGGGAUCCCUGGCCUGGAGGAGUCACAUCUCCUGCUUUCCAUCCCCUUUUCCAUCAUGUACAUAUUAGCUUUGUUCGGUAAUUCCAUGAUAAUGUUUGUCAUUAGCUCCAAUGAACAUCUCCACCAGCCCAUGUACAUCUUCCUGAUGAUGCUGACGGCCACGGACAUUCUUCUAUGCUCUUCUGCCGUUCCAAAGGCCCUCAGUAUAUUCUGGUUCAAUUCUCAUGAAAUCCUCUUCAAUUGCUGCCUGCUUCAGGUCUUCUCCAUCCACUUUCUCUUCGUCAUUGAGUCAUCCAUCCUGUUGACCAUGGCUUAUGACCGAUACAUUGCCAUUUGCUCACCAUUGACCUAUACAACUAUCAUAACAGCCUCAUUCAUUAGAAGGACAGUUCUUUUAGCCAUUAUAAGGGCCUUCUGUAUCAUCACUCCUCUUGUGUUUCUGCUCAAUCGACUUCCAUACACUAAAAGUAACAUAAUCGUUCACACUUACUGCGAGCACAUAGCAAUGGCACAGAAGGCAACUGUGGACAUCACGGUCAAUAGUGUCUAUGGGUUGGUGGCUGCAUUUUCCUCCACGGGAGUAGACAUGAUCCUCGUUGCUGUGUCGUAUGGGGUCAUUAUUCGCACAGUCCUGAGACUUCCGACCUCUGAAGCUCGGUCCAAGGCCUUCAGUACCAGCAUGUCUCACAUAUGUGUCAUCCUCCUCUUCUACAUACCGGCCUUCUUUUCUUUUAUCGCCCACCGGGCCGGUCAAGGUAAAAUACCCCCUUCUGCUCUCAUUCUCUUCGCCAACCUCUAUGUCAUGGUCCCUCCCAUGAUGAACCCAAUAAUCUACGGCAUCAGAACCAAAGAGAUUCGUCAGAGGUUGGGUGCCAUGUUGGGUAAGAAUAUGAUGAGAAAUCCUUUCUCUGUCUUCAGACUUGGAUGGAGGAUCAGAACCUUUUAG